CCAUGCCGGUGCGGCACCGUCUUUUGCUCUCACUCUCCCGACACCCCGCCCCCCUCGCCCUACCCUAAUCCGACCCAACGCGGCUCCAGUGCGGCCGCCGUGCCCUAACCUCUCCGCGGCUCCCAACUCCUGACCACCCCGCACCCCUCCGCCUUUCACGCGAGUCGCCGUCCCCGUUCAACCCCACCGCGUCGCCCUGCCGUCCUAACCCAUCCGCGAUUCCGGCCAUCGUUUCUGAGGUUUUCUCAGGUCUGUGCAUUCCAAACCAGCCCUUGGACGCCCCUUGUGACAGCAACAGCAUGCCUAAGAUAAAGACAAGCCGCGUCGAAUAUCCUGAAGGAUGGGUGCUUAUUGAACCCACAAUCCGUGAGCUGGAUGCCAAAAUGAGAGAAGCUGAAAACGAUACACAUGACGGGAAGAGGAAGUGUGAAGCACUCUGGCCAAUUUUCCGCAUUUCUCAUCAAAGAAGCCGUUACAUUUAUGAUCUUUUCUAUAAAAGGAAGGAAAUAUCAAAGGAGCUGUAUGAGUUCUGCCUGGACCAGGGUUAUGCAGACCGUAAUCUGAUUGCAAAGUGGAAAAAGCCGGGUUACGAGCGCCUGUGCUGCCUCCGCUGCAUCCAGACCCGAGACCACAACUUUGCGACGACGUGCGUGUGCCGGGUCCCCAAGCACCUGAGGGAGGAGCAGGUCAUCGAGUGUGUCCACUGUGGCUGCAAGGGAUGUGCCAGCGGCGACUAACUGACUAGUCACUUGUAUUCAUCACGUGUCGUCGAAUCCAUGGUUCUAAAGUGAGCACUCUGGUUAUUUCUCAAGUGUGGCCUCUGGUAAGAACAAUCGUCCUGUAAUGUAAGCACUUGGCAGAUAUCUGUUGUGUCUGUACAAUCGGUCAUCCAGUUUUCCUAACAGAAACACACAUUUGCUCCCCGUA